AUGGUUCCUUUCAGGAAAGCUCCAAAGCCUCUAACAGAUUCUCCGAAUCCAGAAAAUACGCUGAUCUGCAAACGUGGUAACAACAAGAUCCCGACUGACAAGCGCUGCCCUGUUCGUGUUCAUCUGCGAGUCAAGAAUCCUAAUCUCAUUGCAAGCAAGCUUGGAAAAAAACGAAAAAUUGAUGGGAGCGAGUACGAUUGCUGGCGACAUUCUCUCAAGAUCGAGUUGGAAGAAGCCCGCAACAAGCUCAACUACGAAGUCAAGCCAGUCAAGUCUCCAUGUCAGCACAAUCAUCCUGCUCCAGUUGACCUUGCUCCACUCCAAAAGGUUUUCAAGGAAAAUUCAGUAAAGCGUUCUUUUGAUAAGAAACGCGUUGAAUUCAAUACAGAAUACGAUUGUCUUCCUGCAGAAUGGGACGGUGACCUCAAAAAACAUGUCAGCGGCGAGGAGAAAUAUCAAAAGAAGCUCAUCUCUGCUCGCCUUGCUCGACGUUGGACAGCUCCUCAGGGCGAAGUCGCGAUCGGCUCACGAACGCUUCUGGUCCAAAACCCACUCUCCACCAGAUUGCACGCUAGAAACUCCAUCCACGAGCAAUUUCUUCAAUCAGAAAUAUCUACUCGAGAUGGUUUGCCGAUCAAGAUCUGGGGCCUCAUCAGCGAAUUCGCUCUCCUUCACGAUCAAGACGAUCCCUGUUUCAUCGACGGAACAUUCAACUUCUGCAGCAAGCUCCCAUCGGUGUAUCAACAAUACAGCUUCGUCAAAUACUUCAAGUCAGCUGACGGCAAAAAGGGACUCUCCUAUCCAGUGCUGUUCAUGUGGUUGCCGAAUAAGAGGAAAGACACCUACCGAAUCGCCUUCAACGAAGUUCGCCGGCUGUACAAGGAACACUACGGACAUGACCUCUACAUCGGAAACUGGCGUGUCGACUACGAAGGCAAUCCUGCGAAGAUCAUCAAGGAGUUCUGGCCACUCGCUCUCGUCUACGGCUGCCAGUUUCACUACGCAAAAGCAAUCAUCAAGAACUGGGGACUCAAGCUCGGCUGCAAGAAGUUGGUGUACGACAAGGAAUUACGAGCCAAGAUUCUCAACAUCUACCUUGGAAUGCCCUUUGUUGAUCCCAUAAUCGUCGAAGAAGCCAUUCGAAAGCUCGAGACUGAAGUCAUCCCAUCUGUCUGCCCUUCAAAACGAUCGAAACUUGAAGCCUUCCACAAAUACUUCAUUGAUACCUGGAUAAAAAAACGACAUGCGAAUGCCGACUGGAAUCUUCACGAACUUCUCAAACGAGGCGAUACAUUCUGGACGACAAACCAGAGCGAGAGCCUUCAUUUUUCGCUGAAGAAUUCCUACACCACUCCUCCACCAUCGAUUCGCGUUGCUUCAGAAGUGCUCAACGAUUACAAGUCAUUCUUCCACGGAAAAUACGUCAACGGUCAGCUUGUGCCAAGAAAGCUUGAGUCUUUGGAGCGAGCAAAGAACAUCAUGUACCAUCACGCAGAAGUUGAACGUCAAGCUUCUGCCUGGAAAAUCGAGAACGCUGUCUCCAUUUGCCUCCAGUUCAGCAGCAACGAAAACCUUCAGACUGCUAUCCUCAAUUGUCCCUCUGAUUUUGUCACCGAUGAGCUUGUUUACACUGUACUUUAA